AUGACUCCAGAGCAUUCAGACUUCGGCUCCUCCUUAGGGGGCCCUUCAGAAGCCCUUAAGAGAAAUCCGGGUGGGGCCCCUGAGGAUCCGCCUGCGAGUCCGCGCCUCACUGCUGCAGCCCAGGCUGCCAGCUCCCAAGCAUCUCAUGCUGCCUCAUCCCAAAGGCCCGCACAGUGCCACAUUGGUCUUCCGAAGCCUUGCCCAACUUCAGCUCUGCCGCAAAGAGCGCGCAGGAGGCCCACAUGGGCUCCGCUGCAACGCAUCGCUAGGGCUGCCUCACCCCUUGGCCGUCCCCCGCAGGGCCUCCACUGCGUGCAGAUAUCCCCUUUGCCCAAGAGAAAAGGCCAAGGGCUGCUUCCCAGCCUCUGUCCUGCUGCAGAUGCGGCUCGCUGCAGCAGCGCUCACGAAGCUCCUGUGGGUUCUAGCCCCUCCAACUGCAGCGCCGUCCAUGCAGGCAAGGAAAACUCCCAAGACACCGCCAACAGCCUUUCUGUCCGUUCGCCGAGCCUUUCAGAUGAAGCAGGAGAAGGCAAAGACAGCCGCAACAGGAGGAGUUCCAGCGCUGCGGCUGUUGAAGGCGCAAGGGAGUCUAAUGCCCCCUUACCAGCGCAAACAGAAAAGCCCCCUCUAGCGCCCUCCGGCUCAGCAAGCGCAUGGGGCAGCUUCCUGCGGCCGCAGUGGAUGUACUGCAGCAGCGCAGAGCUGACGGAGCACUGCAUGCAGCUGCAGAGCGCACCCGCGCCCGGCGUCCCGGGGGCCCCAGGGGCCCCCCCAGGCGGCGCUGGCGGCAAAGCCUGCGCCCCUUUGCGAGGCCUGGGGGCCUACUGCGAGUCGCUGUACCGCUGGGGCUGGUGCUGCCUGCCGCCCCGCUACAGCCGGGAGUGGCUGUCGUCGGUGGCCCCUGUGUGCGUCUCUGGGCUCUUCCUGCCAUUUGCAAUGGUGCCCACAGCCAUGACUUGCGCGGUGAUAUCGGGGCUGCCGGUGGCUGCGGCGCUGAACAGCUGCUGGCUGUUGUGUCUGCUGACGGCGCUGAUCGGGGGGGCCCCCGGCACAGUGUGCACCAUAACGGAGGCCCUGGCCACGGUGCUGGUGUCGACGGUGACUGAAGACUGCAGCGGAGGGCCCUGCAUUCAGAGGGGCCGCGAGUUUCUCUUCCCCGCGGGAAUUCUCUGCGGGGUGGUGCAGAGUGCCUGCGGGCUGCUGGGGCUGGGAAAGCUGGUGGCUCUGGUGCCUGCGGCCUCGCGCGUGGGCUACGUGGCGGCGGUGGCGGUGAUCAACUUGCGGUCGCAGCUGCAUGCAUUCAAGUACGACCCUGUCUCGUCUACGGGCUACGAGUGGCUGGCGGUGCUGCUGAUGGUCCUGCAGGUGUGUCUGGUGAUGCAUUUGUGGCCUCUCUGCGUCCCCACCUCCCUCAGCAGGCACAUGCCCGCCUCCGCUGUGGCUCUGGGCCUCAGUGUCUUCUCAGAGUUCAUCUGCGUGCGGCGGCUUUGCCGCAUGCGCACCCGUACUGUGGGAGACGUCAGCGCCUUGGCGGGCGGCGGCAACAUGCCUUCUUGGUUUUUUCUGUCGCCGUCUUUCGUGCAGCCCAGCCAGCAACUGCUGUCCUUCAAGGGUUUGUACACCCUGCUGGAGGUGGCGCUUACCCUUGUGCUGCUCACUUCCAUGUCCACCUUGAUGACCCUCGAGAGGCUGCAGGAAGACAGCCGCUGGCGCUACAAGGUAGAUGCCCAGCUGGUCGCUGUAGGUCUUUCCAACUCCGUCUCUUGCCUCUUUGGGGGCCUCCCGGGCACCACUGGCAUGAUGACCUCUUUGCUGGCCAGCCGCAUGGGCGCGGCGGGGCGGGAGGGGCCCCUGCUUUCGGCUUUGUUUCUGUGUGUCUUCACUUCUGUUGCUCAUCACGUGCUCGACGCUAUCCCCCUAGGGGCCCUCAGCGGGGCCAUCAUCUACACAGCUCUCAGCGCCGUCAGCUGGCGUUCCUUCGUGCCUGUCGUCGCUGCCUGUUUGCCUCGCCGCCUCACCCGAAGGAUCAGCUGCAUGCGGCUGCGAUCCAGCAAAACUGACGCGGCGGUGAUGCUCGUGACUUGCGUUUUGGGGCCCUCCUACGACUUGGGAGCGGCGCUGCUCAUAGGCAUUUUCAUCUCGCUGGCCUCCUUCGCCUGGCAAGCUCACCAGUCUUUCAACCUUGACUGCCACCUGGAUGAGGAAACGGAAACCAAGUUCUACUUCAUUCAGGGGCCUCUGUUCUUCCCUACCCUCAAGCGCCUGCAGAGCCUCAUUGACGCCAGCGUCGCACCGAAGCGUUCCGUCGUGCUGCUGCAUACAGCAGCAGCAGCAGCGCCGAGCCCCAGCGCCCCCGUGCUCCUCGCUCUGGGCAAGGUGCUAGACAAGCACCAAAAAGAAGGCAAACAGAUCGCCCUCUACGGCGUCGACUUCAAAGGCGCAGCCAUUGCCCUGCAUGCGGGCAGAGCCCUUGAGGCGCACAAAAUCGCCGUUCGGAGAGCCAUGGGGCUGGCACAGGCUUAG